AUGACGACAGUGGGCAACAUGCCGGAGCUGCCUCCGGACAUCUUGAUGGGUAUCUUUGCCACCCUUGAGAUCCCUGACCUUGUGCGUGCCGGCUCUGUCUGCUCCUCCUGGCGCUCCGCAUACACAAGCCUACGGAGCCUUGGGCAGUACAAACUCCAGCAGACGCCAUGCCUCCUCUACACUUCCGAAUCCGCUGGUGAGAGUGUUGCAUGCCUCUACAGCCUCGCGGAGAAGAGGUCGUACAAGUUAACUCUCCCGGAGCCGCCUAUACGCACUAGGUGUUUGAUUGGGUCCUCACAUGGCUGGCUGGUAACUGUUGACGACAGAUCUGAGAUGCACCUUGUCAAUCCCAUCACAUGUGAACAGAUUGCUCUUCCGUCGGUGAUCACCAUCGAGCAGGUGAAGCCCAUCUUUGAUGAGCACGGUGCUGUCCAUAAGUAUGAGUACUCAUGGCAUACUGGGACAGAUGCCGGUCCUUACUCUCCGUCUAUCUUUGCUAUUGACAAGCUGCGCCACAAACUUCACUAUAAGGCGUUUGUGUUCCCUGAUACAUCCACGGGAAGCUACAUCGUCGUGCUCAUCCAUAAUCCAAAGUGUCAGCUCUCUUUUGCAAGAGUAGGUGAUGAUAACUGGACUUGGCUGCCACCUUAUGAACGAUAUAGCGACUGCACUUACAAGGAUGGUCUGUUGUAUGCGGUGACUACAACCGGAGAACUUCAUGCUUUCGAUUUCAGUGCGCCUGUCAUCACAAUGGAGAUGAUUAUAAGAAUGGACUCUGUAUAUGGCAUUGGCUGCACGUACUGA